AGGACUUUAACCAAAACUCUCUACACUGGUGGCUUAGAUUUUCGCCCCCGCGCAAUGACAUGCCGAAGCGGCGCACGGACUUCGCGACACGCUUCCUCUUGAGAUGCUUCGCGUGCUGGGCAGUUCCACUCCUUUUCGUGGUGUUGCUCAUCGCAGCGCAUCCAGAUGACACAGGACAAACCAGCUGGUACGAAGAUGAUGCGGCUUUGCUGGUCAUGGCCGGCCUGGCGCUCAUGUCGCUUCUGGGUGUCACCGCCCACUGCUCCCUGGAUGCUGGCGCCGCGUGCCUGCUCAUGAACAUGGUGAUGCAGCUGCUUAUGGUCUUCACCUUUCUCAACGGGGCGCCGCUGCUGCCGCCUGCAUCGCCUGCAUUGGCUGCAGCGCCUGCGUCGCCUGCACUGCGGGGUGUCGAGCGUGGCGCUGGGGCGGAAGGGCAGGGUCGCAUCUCUGUGGUGUUGCCGUGCUUGAACGAGACCCACUUUGCAGUGCAGACCGUGCAAAGUUUUUGCAACAGGACGCCAAGUGAAGUUCUGCAAGAGAUCAUUGUAGUGGACGAUGGCUCCAAGCCGCCUUUGUCUAUUGAGUUGCAGAAGCGAGUGGACCCACGUUGCCGCCUGCGUGUUCUGAGACAUGAGGACGGACCGCGCGGCCUCAUGAUCGCCAAGCAAACAGGUGGUGAUGCUGCCACCGGGGAGUUUAUAGGCUUCUACGACUGUCAUGUCGCUCCGCGAAAGGGCUGGCAUGCCGAGACCAUCCAGCUGUUGCAGGCGAAGUCGCGCCGGUUGGUCAUUCCCAUGAUCGGGGCGUUGAACAUCGACACCUGGGAUGAGAUUCCCGGUGGCGGGUUCGUCGGCAAGUGCUGGGUGAACUUCAACGCAGAUUGGUGGUGGUACGAUGAUGAGUCGGACUACACGCCUGUGAUCUCCGGAGGCCUAGUGGCCACCACACGAAGCUGGUGGCAGGAAUCGGGGGGCUUCGACCCUGGGAUGCAUGGCUGGGGCGGGGAAAACACCGAGCAGCCCAUCCGCACCUGGCUUUGCGGAGGUGACGUCCUCAGGGCCAAAAGUAGCGUGGUGGCGCACAUGUGGCGAACAGAGGCUGACAAGCGAACAAUAGCUCGCUACAAAAUACGAGAGAGAUACGACAACGUUGCGCGGACUGCUGCUGCAUGGUUCGACGAGUUCCUUCCGAAAUUCCGGAGUGGUCAGACACCCAACGUGGAUGUGACCAAAACCUUGGAGUUGAAGAAGCGCUUGGAGUGCAAGCCCUUCGCCUAUUUUCUGCACCGCUUCCGGAAGAUCUACUUGAAGAGCGGCAUGUUGCCCGAAAAGGUGUUUCGUAUCCGCAGCCGCAGCACGAACAUGUGCCUGCAGCGCCGGGACAGGGCUUAUGUGCUGACGGAUUGUUCUGGUGGCACCUGGUUCCAUCGUGCGAACAUGAUCCCGCCAGGGUUCCCACAGGCCGAGUCGCUGUCACGUUUAGUUGCACCCCGGCCAUCCUCUCCGAACCGGCUUGUGAGCUGUGGAGGGCAUCAAGCGAUGGGGGGCUGUGAUGCCUGCCCUCAAGGCCAUGGAUCAGAGUGGUGCAACGCAGACUGCAAAUGGGUCUUUGCCGUGUGCCUCUCCCAUCAGGAGGCUGCAAAGGUGGCCACCGAGCCGGCAGAGACCUGCUGCUCUGGCAUCCGGGAGUGGAACUCUUUGGAUUGCUGGGCUGGACUAACUGGCAAAGGACCAGAGACUGCUCUCUGUGACGUCACCGGGCACAGCACCAGCCAGCAGUUCAUCUUCGACGCGGAUGGGCACAUCUGGCAUGGCACCGGGGAGUGCUUGGGAGUGAAGGACGGAGGGCUGAAGAAGGGACAAUGUGCCACCGCGGAGCAGUGGGACAUGCUGGAGGCCUUCGAGCCCUUUGAGACCAAGACCUACAAGGCCGCGGUGGUCAAGUAUGGCCUGACCGAAGACUCGCCUGACCAUUGACACCUGUGCAAUUGGUCCUGGUGCAACGCUGCCAACGACUAAAGUCAAAGAGAUGUGUCAC